UGGCAGCCAAGAGGAAGGGGUUUGAUGUGGUGGUGUUGGAGAAGGGAAUGAGUGCAAUAAGAGGUGAGGGGCAGUUCAGGGGUCCAAUUCAGUUACAGAGCAAUGCAUUGGCUGCUUUGGAGGCCAUUGAUUUGGAGGUUGCUGAGAAGGUCAUGCAAGCAGGGUGCGUCGUUGGUAAUAAAAUUAACGGCUUGCUGGAUGGUAUCUGUGGUUCUUGCCGCGUGUUUCUGCUUCUGCUUCCCCCCGAUGUUCUGCCCCCCGACCCUCUGCACCCGAAAAGCUCCCCAACGACCGCCACCCAUUUUCCGGCCGGAAAUCCGGCAAAGCUUGGGGAUUUCUCCCUAUUUUCUUGUCUUAGAACACUUGUUGAACCUAGAAAAUCCCAGAUUUGCGUCUUCCUCCCUCUGCUGUCCGUCGGCUUCAACUUGUGGGUUUGAAAUUUCUGGGCAUUUUUCGGUAAGAACAGCCUUGAAUCUCCCUUUUCUCUCUUGAUUUAGGCUUGGGUUUACCUUGAAUUGUGUUUUGGUUUUUGGAUUGGAUAAGUUCCGAGCCUUGUGCAUUCGUGGGACCCGUUCACGGGUGCACGGCGUCUGUCGCGCCUCGAAUUCGGGUUUUGGGGCGUGACAUGUACGAUGUCUGAAUUUGGGUUUUAGGGCGUGACAGGUUAAAUACCCUUUUUGGUCCCUCUACUAUAGGGAAAAGUCCCUUUUUAGUCCUUGUACUGAAAGCCUAAUAAAAAUGAAAGUGUUGG